UGGGGAUCUUUGGAUGAAAAUCUUGUUCAAAUACGUUUAUCAACUUUAAAGCGAAUACUUCCAGUAGCUAUAUCUUAUGGCUUAGAGCAAAAGGAACAAGAAACUAAGCACUUAAUAAUUUAUGAUACAGGAGAAAAAAUAGAUGACCAACCUCAUUUAUCUAAAUUUGCAGAAAUAUUCAAUACACAAAAUGAACCAUUUUCAGAUUCAGAUGUUUUACUCUUUGAAAAAUAUAUUGAAUUUGUUUAUUUUUCAUUUGAUUUCAGAGCCAUAUUUGAAGGCUUCAUUCAAGGAAGGAAAGGAUCUGCAAAUGAUUCAGAAUGGUUUAAAAAUUUACAGUUAUUUUUCAAAUUUCUUGUUGAACGAAGAAUAUAUCGUGUUGAGCAAUGGUUUUCUGAAAACAUUAGCAAUUUUCCACAAGACAAUAGUGAG